ACCCUGCGGGCCGGUAGCGAGGUUUCUUCUGGCCAUCAUGUUCUCCAUUCAAGUUCUUAGGAAUGUGUCUAAAGCGACUUCAGCUCGAUAUUUCAGCACAGGUGCAACCGCUUCAGCAUCUUUAAGGAGGUCUUACCUCUACGUUCCUUCCUCUUCCUCUCGCAUGCUUGAAAAAUCGUUCACGGUUAACUCCGACAUGAUUAUCUAUGACCUCGAAGACAGCGUUUCUCCAAAGGAUAAAAUUACGGCUAGAAAAAGGCUCCAGAGUUUUCUAAAUGACGAGACGCUCUUGGCCCCUUCGCGAAUCGCAGUCAGGAUUAAUGAUCGAACGACACCUUUUUUUGCCGAAGACCUCGCGGUCAUUACCCGUUUGCCUGCUGUAACAUCGAUUGUUCUGCCCAAGGUACAUUCUGUGGAGUACCUCACACAUGUGGCAUCCAUUAUCUCCGAAAACCGGUCAACAGUUUCUCAAAUCCCGCCCCUACGUCUAGUAGCGAGCAUUGAAAGUGCAGAGGCGGUGAUGAAUGCUUCGACCAUAGCUGCAUGGAAGCCUUCGGUUGAAAAUGCCCAGGGAAGUAUUCUGGGUGCCCUUUUGUUUGCUGCAGAAGACUACUGCGCUGACACCUCUAUCAUCCGUACUCGUUCACGCCAGGAACUCUUGUAUACACGCUCCCACAUAGUCAAUGCUGCCAGGGCCAAUAAGCUAGAAGCUAUCGACAUGGUAUGCGUAAAUUAUAAAGACCAAGACUACUUUAAAGGAGGAGUGUCAAGAAGGAAGGAGAAUGGGAUUUACUGGAAAGCAAGCCAUCCAUCCCUCGCAAGUAGACACGAUUCAGGCAACCUUCGUUCCUACUGCAUCAGAGAUACUUCGCGCGGCAAAGAUAGUCAUAACAUGCAAAUAGCUCACGACUCUCAAAAAGGUGCCAUUGGGCUUGAGGGAGAAAUGAUCGAUGCUCCAAUGAUCAAACAGGCCGAGAAAGUUAUCCAGGUUGCGAAGGCAGCGGGUCUUGAUAUCCCGGAUGUUGUAUGAUUGUACAUACACGAUGCGGAAUUGUGAAUAUUAGGUUGUUUUAAAGCAUGGAUGGGGAACCGCAGUGACGUUGUGGUUGCCGUCCUCUGGCGAGCAUGCGGCAGCAGAGUCAUUUAGGAAGGAUUAGUGAUAAAUAUUCAUCCUUGCCAUAUAGAAUCAAACGACUGGUUAUAACAGAAGGCUAUGCGAAUAACUUUCCACGAAUAGAA